GAGAAUGCAACAAUUUAUUAUAAGGGUAUACCUCUAUUUUGUCUUUAUUCAUUACUAAACCAUCGGGAUAAAUGUUUUCUUAUACUUGCAGCUAGAGCUCCGUUCUACUUCACAAAAGGUCAGCGGGAGUCCAUCAAGCUGAACUAUGACGGCCACAGCUACGUGAAGUUCAUGCAGAAUGGCCGGGGCACCAAGUGGAUCUGUGCCACGCGCUCCACCACUAAGUGCCGUGCUCGCAUCCGCACCACAAAAAACGAUGGACUGGAAGUGCUACAUGGCAGCCACAAUCACGAGCCCAUGGUGAAGGAUGGGCGUCGCCGGACUCGGACAAAAUUGGAAAUAAGUAAACCCAAAAUUAAAACACCUCGCAGUUAAGAAAAUUUUAACUUUGGAUGUGUGCUCUCUAAUUAAAAGACUAUAUUUUUAUAAUGAUCCCUAAAGUACAAGCUGCUAAUUAUGAUUCAAGGAAAAAUUCAAAAACCCACUCAUAUUUAAACCAUUAUUUUAUUUUUAUUUUAUGAAUAAUAGUUGUGAGUAA